AUGUCACCGAGGACAUUCAAACGUCGCACGCGGGCCUGGGGCAUCCAACAGCGAGCACCAAAUGGUAUCACCAAUAACAGAGCCUUACAAAUGCGUGUUGAGACCCUUAUCUGUGAGGGUAAUCUCUCUUCGAAAGAGAUUCUUCAGGUACUUUCGCUCGAUGAAACACCUAUCUCUACCGACACACUCAGGCGAAUUCGUAGCCUACUUGGUAUACGUCUUCGCAUUGACGACCAGGAUGAUCAGGAGCAGCAGGAGGACGAGAUACUCGAGAUAUUAGUGGACCAACAGGCCAUUGGCCUUGUUGAAGGAUAUGGAAAAGGUCACCUCUGGGCCCAUCUACGCCGUCAUGGUCAUGUCUUCGCCCGAGACCGAAUCUUCGAUGUAUGGUGCUCUCUACGGCCUGACGCCCUCCUACGUCGCUCGACCGGUCUACAGCGGUCUCGCGGUGCAUACCGAUGCCCUGGGCCGAAUUUUGUAUGGCAUAUUGAUGGCUAUAUGAAGUUAGAGCUCUUCGGGAUCGAGAUAUAUGCUGCGGUUGAUGGGUAUUCGCGCUAUGUUACCUGGUUUUACGUGGGCAUCAGCACGCGGACCGGAUUCAGUGUCCUCCACCAGUAUCUGAAUACAAUAUCGACCACUGGUUUCCAACCGCGCGCGAUCCGCUCUGACUAUGGUACAGAGACCAUGCUGAUCGCAGACGCCCACUAUGCAUUAAGAAAAGCUGGCGCUGAAGCUGUUGAUGGCCACCCAGAACUACAGUUUACCGACUGCUUUUGGUACGGUCGCAGCACCCAAAACCAGCGCAUCGAGUCCUGGUGGGGACAGCUUACAAGCUCUACGAACUUCGUAUGGCGUGAGCUUUUUAGUUGGCUUCAAGAGCGAGGCUACUACGAGGCGUCUAAGAUCGACAAAGUUGCACUUCUUGCUGUUUACAUGCCUUCAAUUAAGGAUACAUGUGCGGAGUUCGUGCUCACAUGGAACUCCCAUCGGAUCAGGAAGCAGAAGGGUCGCCCCUAUAGCGUUCCAGGCAAGCCAUGGUUGAACUACUAUUACCCAGGGCGUGACGAGGAGGAUAUUAAGGAUUAUAGGCAUCAUAUUGACCCUACAAAGCUUGAUGCUAUCAAGACUGACGUGGGGAGUUGGGAUACUGACGUAUAUCUACCUACAGAGACUAUACACUGGUGCCGUACUCAGCUACUGGGCAUGGGCUUUGACCCUGAAAAACCACCAGCGAGAGACCAUGGCACCCACCCAUAUGUCAAUACCUACCUUCGGUUACGGGAGCUCGCUGUCGAUCAUACCGAAGGGGGCCUCUUUCCCGUCCUCUCACUAUGCGAGAAGCCAACUAUGCCCCCUAACUGGGCGCAGGAUUAA